UUCUCUUUUUCUAUUUUAGGUGCUGAGGAACUCUAGUUCCAUUGGAAUAAUGGGCUCAUGGAACAAUCAAGGUUUGCCCCAUCCAGCCAUAUAUGGAAAUCCAGAUCAAACCAUUGAUGGCAAGGGACAAAGCAGUGGCACAACUAACAAAGAUAAAAGUUCAUCCAUUUAUCACAAUGGAACAGUGGCACCUUGCAAUUUGUGCUCAUCCAUCCACUAUGGAGGCCAAGAAAACUAUUCUCCAACCAACACCACCGACGCUCCCAAUUAUUUGAAGAAGAAAGAAGAAGAUGAUGAUCCCAAUGGAAGCAAUUUCACCGGUGCUUCAAGAGGGAAUUGGUGGGAGGGAUCGCUUUAUUACUAACUUAGUAAUCCAGAAUUUUUUGCAUAUUUGCCACCCCUAUACUGAAUACAAGCAGUGGUGUAAUCAUAUACAAUGGGAAUAAGCUGGUAGAAAGAUAAUAUACAAUUGUAUGUUAACUAUACUGUGAGAAGUUUUAAUGGCAUAAAUGAGAAUGUUUGAAGGUUUUAAAAUUAAAUAUAAAUAAUUUAAUUUAUGUUUAUAGAGAAA